AUGAGCCAUGCCUCCAUGCCGGAGGUGUCGUCGUCGCACCAUGUUUCCCAGCAGACUGUUGAUGUGCCCCGCGCGGCGGUAGUCACAACGAGGGAUCCCGCCGUCUGUCCCACCGACGAGGAGGCGCAGAUCCACCACAGAACUGCAUCCAAGGACAAGAGGAGCCUAGACUAUCUGUGGAGGUCUGGUAUUGCAGGUGGCCUAGCAGGUUGUGCGGCCAAAACGGUGGUCGCACCGCUUGACCGAGUAAAGAUUCUCUUCCAGACCCACAACACGCAAUUCGUAAGGUACACAGGGUCUUGGCUCGGGGUCUCUGAGGCGAUUAGGGACAUAUACCGCCAGGAUGGACCCGUGGGUCUCUUCAGAGGCCACUCUGCUACUUUGUUACGGAUAUUUCCUUACGCAGCUAUCAAGUUCCUGGCCUACGAGCAAAUCCGGGCCGUGGUUAUCCCUAAAAAAGAAAAAGAAACACCAUUUCGGCGACUCAUUAGCGGGUCCUUGGCAGGCGUCACGUCAGUCUUCUUUACGUACCCCCUCGAGCUCAUCAGAGUGCGGCUUGCGUUUGAGACGAAGAAGGGAAGCCGGUCAACGUUGCGGUCGAUAUGCAAGCAGAUCUACCACGAGCACCAUAGCGCGAAAUUGCUGCCGGCAGCAGACGUCGCUGGUGCCGCAGCUUCAGCGCGCGCUGCUACAGUGGCCACGGCCGCACAGUCCAUCACACCCACUUACGGACUGGCCAACUUCUACCGCGGCUUCUCCCCUACACUCCUCGGCAUGCUCCCCUACGCCGGCAUGUCCUUCCUAACUCACGAUACUGCUGGCGAUAUUUUGCGCCAUCCGAGCAUCGCUCGGUAUACGACGCUUCCUAGGCCGGAAAAUUCGCCAGAAGGGAAGCCCGCACCGCUCCGUUCCUGGGCUGAGCUGCUGGCGGGUGGAGUUGCAGGACUCGUCUCGCAGACUGCAUCAUAUCCCCUAGAGGUGAUUAGGAGAAGGAUGCAGGUUGGCGGUGCUGUUGGCGACGGGCGCAGGCUGCGCAUCGGCGAAACCGCCGCCCUGAUCAUGAGGGAACGCGGCUUCCGAGGCUUCUUUGUGGGGCUGACGAUUGGCUACGCCAAGGUCAUGCCCAUGGCGGCGGCGGCUUUCUACACGUACGAGAGGCUAAAGACAUGGUUCGGCAUCUAG